CGUGGCAAGGCCGCCGCCGCCCUAUAUAUACGGCGCGCGCGCAUCCCGGGCCACAGGUCCUCUGCGAGUGCUCAGCAGACCGCACCAGCAGCGCACAGCACCACCCAGCCAUGAAGAUCUUCGUUGUCGUGAGCGCCCUCCUGGCUACGGCCGCUGCCCGCCCGGGCUUCCUGCACGGCGGUCUGAACGGCGUGACGCACGUCGCCGCCGCCCCCGCCAUCUCCUACGCCGCCGCCGCCCCCGCGGCAGUCACCUACACGGCCGCCGCCCCCGCGCACAUCUCGUACGCCGCCGCCCCCGCCGCCGUCGUCGCGCCCGUCUCCGUGUCGUCGCAGUACCACGCCCAGGACGAGCUGGGCCAGUACAGCUACGGCUACAGCGGCGCCCUGUCCGCCAAGUCUGAGGCCCGCGCCUUCGACGGCUCCGUCGCCGGCGGCUACUCCUACCUGGACGCCAACGGCGUCGUGCAGAGCGCCCACUACGUCGCCGACCCCGUCAACGGCUUCCGCGUCGCCGCCACCAACCUGCCCGUCGCCCCCGCCGCCCCCGAGGCCCCCGCCGUCGAGGCCCCCAAGCCCGUCGAAGACACCCCCGAGGUCGCCGAGGCUAAGGCCGCCCACGCCGCCGCCGUCGCAGAGGCCGCCGCCCGCGCCGCCGCCGCUCCCGAGGAGCCCGAGCCCGCCCCCGCUCCCGCAGCCGUCGCCGUGGCCGCCCCCGCCCCGGCCGUCGCUGUGGCUGCCCCCGCCGUCGCCUACUCUGCCCCCGCGGCCCUGGCCUACUCCGCCCCCGCCGUGGUGGCCGUGUCUCCCGCCAGGUCGUUCGCCUACCACACGGUGGCUGCCGCCCCCCUGACGUACGCUGCUCACGCCCCAGUCGUGCUGGCCUCAGAGGGCCUGUCCGCCGAAGCCAUCGCACACCUCCGAGCCAAGGCCGCUCUCCUGGGACGAGUUGGACCGGGCCAGAGCCGGCCGGGCCGCCAGGGCGUGGCAAGGCCGCCGGCAGAGGCGCGUCCGUAUAUAAGGGCGCGGCGCGCAUCUGCAAGCCACAGGUCUUCUGCGAGUGCCGGCCACACACCACCAGCAGCGCAUCCAGUCAUGAGGUUCCUCGUUGUCAUCGGCGCCCUUCUGGCGACAGCCGCUGCCAGGCCCGGCUACCUGCACGGAGGGCUGGCUGGCGUGACGCACAUCUCCGCCGCCCCCGCAGCCAUCUCCUACAGCGCCGCCGCCCCCGCAGCCAUCUCCUACGCCGCCGCCGCCCCCGCAGCUAUCUCCUACACCGCAGCCGCCCCCGCUGCCAUCUCCUACACUGCCGCCGCCCCCGCCGCCGUCGUCGCGCCCGUCUCCAUCUCGUCGCAGUACCACGCCCAGGACGAGCUCGGCCAGUACAACUACGGCUACCACGACGGCAUCUCCGCCAAGUCUGAGGUGCGCGGCAUCGACGGCUCCGUCGCCGGCGGCUACUCCUACGUCGACGGCAACGGCGUCGUCCAGAGCGCGCGCUACACGGCCGACGCCGUGAACGGCUUCCGCGUGUCCGCCACCAACCUGCCCGUGGCCCCCGCCGCCCCCGAGGCCCCCGCCCUCGAGGCCCCCAAGCCCGUGGAAGACACCCCCGAGGUCGCCGAGGCCAAGGCCGCCCACGCCUCCGCCGUGGCUGAGGCCGCCGCCCGCGCCGCCGCCGCCCCCGAGGUGCCCGAGCCGGCCGCCGUUGCCGUGUCCGCCCCCGCUUCCUACGCCGUGGCUGCCCCCGCCAUCGCAUACUCCGCCCCCGCCGUCGCCUACUCUGCCCCCGCCGUCGCCUACUCCGCCCCCGCCGUGGUGUCCGUGUCGCCCGCCAGGUCCUUCGCCUAUCACACGGUGGCCGCCGAGCCUCUGACGUACGCUGCCCGCUCGCCCGUGGUGCUGGCCAGUGAGGCGCUGCCUGCCGAAGCCAUCGCUCACCUCAGGGCCAAGGCUGCCCUUCUGGGCUGAAGCUUUCUGACAGCUUCGCACCCCUCCUGACCUGUACAUAAAUCUUCAAUAAACUAUUGAUGGCAUCUUAAAA